AUGGUAGCUUCCCUUUAUCGAGUUCUCUUGAUUGUUGGCCUCUGUGUGGCAACGUGCUGUGUGCCCCCGUCCAGCAGCCCUGGGGGAGGAUGCCUCCACCCCUCCUCUGUGAAGAGCAGUCCUGCUUCCCAGGUAACUUCUGGCAACACCGACUUUGCCUUCCGCCUGUACAGGAGGCUGACAGUGCAGAGCCCAGGUCGCAACGUCAUCUUCUCCCCCGUGAGUGUCUCCACAUCCCUCGCCAUGCUGUCCCUGGGGGCCCGCUCAGCCACCAAGACCCAGGUCCUCCAGAGCUUGGGCUUUAACCUCAGCCUCACACCAGAGCCCGCCAUUCACCAGGCCUUCCAGCACCUCAUCCGCUCCCUGAACAUGUCCAGCAGUAACCUGGGCUUGAAGAUGGGCAGCGUCCUGUUCCUCCGGGAGGAGCUGCAGCUCCAGGCGAGUUUUGUGGCUAGUGUCAGAAGGUUGUACAAGUCGAACGUCUUCUCCAUAGAUUUCUCUGACACGGCCACUGCCCAGCAGAGGAUCAACAGCUAUGUGAAGAAGGAGACCAAAGGAAAGGUCGUGGAUGUGAUCCACAGCCUGGACCCUCUGACCGCCAUGGUCCUGGUGAACCACAUUUUCUUUAAAGCCAAAUGGACAAAGCCUUUUAACCCUACAGUCACGAACAUGAGUUUUCCAUUCUUGGUGGGAGACAGGGCCCCCGUGCACGUCCCCAUGAUGCACCAGGUGGAGACAUUUGGUUUCGGGAUGGAUCCAGAGCUGAACUGCUCUGUGCUACAGAUGCACUACAAGGGGGAGGCCGUGGCCUUGUUUGUUCUGCCUGCCAAGGGCAAGAUGAAACAGUUGGAAUGGGCCUUGUCUGCCAGCCGGCUGAGGAAGUGGAGCCAGUCACUGCAGGAGAGGUGGAUAGAGGUGUUUAUUCCCAAGUUUUCCAUAUCUGCCUCCUAUGACCUGGAGACCAUCCUCCCAAAGAUGGGUAUCCACAAUGCCUUUGACAAAAAUGCUGACUUUUCUGGAAUCACCAAAAGACACUCCCUGCAUGUCUCCAAAGCUGCCCACAAGGCUGUGCUGGACAUCAGCGAGGAGGGCACUGAGGCUGUAGCAGCUACUGUGGCCAAGCUCACAGUCCGGUCCAAGGAUGGCUCCUCCCACCACGUUCUUUACUUCGACAGGCCCUUCCUGUUGCUGGUCAUAAAUACGGCCACUGAUGCUAUUCUCUUCCUAGGCAAAGUUGAAAACCCCACUCAGGCCUAG